GGGAGGGGGGAGGGUGUGGCCCCGCCCCGCGCCGCCUCGCGCAUCCUGAGUGGGAAAUCCAAAGGCGGUUGGCGGGAAACGCGAGGGAAGUCGAGGAGGCGAGAGAAGCGAUGGCGACGGAGGCCUCAGGCGGUAAAGCGUUGCUGAGCAGUGGAGAGGUUGCGGGAGCAUCCUCCGUGCCAGACGGCUCAGCCGUUGCCACCAUCAGUAGUGCGGGCGCCAAUGGUGAGCCGGAACCUGCUCGUUCUGGGAAACCAGAACAUGUCCCGGCAGCACCGUCACCACAAAGGGAGAAACGCGCCGAGGAGUCGUCAGAAAUGAAGGGGGGAUUGCCGGAGCAGCCCAAACCGGUGAAAUCGGAGGAAGCUCGCGCCUUGGCAGAACCAAACAAACGCCAGGAACUGCUCGAGUUAUCAAAACCGAAAGAGCCGUCCGAGUCGAAGGAACGGCAGGAAGCGGUCAAGCCUGCGGAGCCUAAAUUAACGAGCAGCAAACCACAAGAACCACUUCCAUUAUCAAAACCGGCAGAAUUGAAGGGACUGCAUGAACCAGUGAAAUUACCUGAAACUAAAUUAAUGAGUAACAAACCACAGGAAGCACUGCCAUUAUUAAAACCAGCACGAUCGGAAGAAUCCAAGGCGCUGCAGGAACCGGUAAAGUCGACGGACCCAAAAGUUUCGGGGGAACCAAAUAAACCGCAGGAACCUGUGGCGCUGACAAAAUCGAAGGAGUCGGGAGACUUUAAGGUUUCACAUGAAUCGGUCAAGUCUGUGGAACCUCUCGGAUCCUCAAAACCACAGCAGCCAGUGAAACCCAAGGAGGACACCAAAUCGGAUAAACCACAGGAGUUGGUAAAAUCGGCAGAACCUAAGCAACUGGUGGAACAAAAGCAACGACAAGAAUCGGUGAAAUCUGCAGAACCCAAGGACAUGGCGGUGCCUAAGACUCAACCUGAAUCUGUAAAAUCUUCAGAACACAAGAAAGAAGUGGAACGAAAGCUGCUACCACAAGAACCAAUGAAAUCGGUAGAGUCCAAGAAAGAGGAGGAACAAAAGCAAACGCAACCACCACCGAUGAACUCGACGGAACAAAAGGUGGUAGAAUUGAAAACUCGUGACUCUGUAAAGUCUGCUGAACCCAAGAAAGAAGUGGAACGAAAGCAACAAAAAGAACCGGUGAAAUCUGCAGAACACAAGGAGAUGGUUGAGCCGAAGACUCGGCAGGAACCUGUUAAAUCGGCAGAACCUAAGAAAGAUGUGGAACGAAAGCAACAAAAAGAACCGGUGAAAUCUGCAGAACACAAGGAGGCGCUUGAGCCGAAGACUCGGCAGGAACCUGUUAAAUUGGCAGAACCCAAGAAAGAGGUCGAACGAAAGCAACAAAAGAACCGGUGAAAUCUGUAG